AUGUUUCCCCCCAAUGUUUCAUUGGUUAAAUAUGACGUACCAGUUCUUGUGACAAAGAACAUUGAUUGCAGAAAUUCAAAUGUAGAAUGCCAUUUAAUUAUUUAUUCAGUACCUGCAAUUAAAACCGUAAGGAAGGCAACUAAAGAAACUGGGCCUUUGCCAUCUUCUGGUUUUAAACCUUGCGAUAAAGAUCCGUGUGAAACUAAAGCAUCCCAGCAGACCGAUGAAAUCUUAAAUUCUAUUUUACCACCACGGAAGUUUGGUAACCUAAUCAGUGAAUGGACAGAAAAUAAUCAGUUAUGGAUUCAACAGGUUUCAAGUACACCCGCAACACGACUUGACGUUGUUAAUUUGCAAGAAGAAUUAGACCGCCGCCUUCAGCAGCGUCAAGCUAGGGAAACUGGUAUUUGUCCUGUUCGAAGGGAGUUGUACUCACAAGUCUUCGAUGAGCUCAUCCGCCAAGUAACAAUUAAUUGUACUGAAAGGGGUCUUCUACUUUUGCGUGUAAGAGAUGAAAUACGAAUGACGAUUGCCGCCUAUCAAACUCUUUAUGAGUCAAGCGUUGCAUUUGGAAUGCGUAAGGCCUUGCAAGCAGAACAGGGAAAAGCUGAACUAGACAAAAAGAUUUUGGAAUUGGAAGCACACAAACGCGAUUUAGAAAGACAGGUAAACGAACUUAAGGCAAAGUGUGAGCAAAUUGAAAAACGAGCAGCUGAACAGAGGCAGGUGGAGGAGAAGAAGCAUCAGGACGAAAUCCAAUUCCUAAAACGAAAUAACCAACAACUUAAGGUGAGUAACUGCAAACCCCCCUAA